GUUUGGCUGGCCAAUGCGCCAAUAGCUUGAAAAGCCGCUUCUGUGUGCAUGAUAGUAUGAAGACGCUGCGACUCUCAGACGCCUAGAGAUUUCACACAGCUGCGAUUACGAAAAUAUUCCGUAUAGCUAUCUGAUAAUAAAUGGACACACCAGGAGUAGAAGCAUUCGCGAUCCACUUGUCACCAAGGGAGAGCAAUUAUUGGAAAUAAUGGGGAAUACAACACCCAAACCACUGAUAGACUCCAGCCUACAGCAUCGCCCAGUGGCCAGUCGGCAGUACUGCACUGUUUCCAAAAGUGGAGUAGAGCGCCACACCUCUGCCCCUCCAAACAGCAUCGAGUCUCCUUGUUUUCACCCCCACGCCAAAGGCAAAAAUAUUAGACUGGACACACAACUGCGCCGGGCCACCCGGAAGAACAGUUUCUGCAAUGGCAUCACCUUCAGCCAGCGUCCUGUGCGUUUGUAUGAGAAGGUGCGGUUGCGCCUCUCAGGUGUCCACUCAGGCUGGAGUGGAGCUCUACGCUUUGGUUUCACAAGCUUAGACCCUAGCAAUCUUUCCUUAGCUGACAUCCCCAAAUAUGCUUGUCCCGACCUGGUGACACGGCCAGGAUACUGGGCCAAGGCCCUGCCAGAGAGGCUGGCCAUGCGGGACAGUGUUCUGGCCUUCUGGGCUGACCGACAUGGCCGGGUCUUCUACAGCAUCAAUGAUGGAGAGCCCAUCCUCUUCCACUGCGGUCUAAGCGUUGGAUGCCCGCUCUGGGCCAUCAUAGACAUCUACGGAAUCACACAAGAAGUUACAUUGCUGGAGAGCACGUUUGCUGAGAGUGUGGGCACGAGCUGUCUGAGUAGCGCUCGACUCAGUGCCUAUCUUCUCCAGAGCAACCACGACUCGGCUAACUACAGCAACAACAAGCUAGAGAGCAGCCAGGCCGCAGCAGCUAAAUUUGCCACGUUACAUCUCAGCAACUACAACCAACUCAUCCCCUGCUGCUCCACCUCUUCUGCACCCUCUUCAUCCACCUCCUUCAACAUACAGAGGGCUGCCCGCGGGCUCUCCAUGCCUCUUGAUGCUGACCUGCAUUUUCACCCAGUGCGAGGCCCUGACGUGGUUCUCUCAAAUGAUCGUACAGUUGCACGCACACACUUCCUGGACAGCAGCAGGACGUUGAUGUUCAGUGACAGGCCCGUCCGGGUGGGCGAGACUCUGUACGUGGAGGUGGGCCAUCUGGGCUUGCCUUACUUUGGGGCUCUUCUCUUUGGUAUGACCUCUUGUGAUCCAGGCACCCUCAAUGCUGGAGAGCUGCCAGCUGACCCAGAGGUGCUUCUGGACCGUAAGGAGUAUUGGGUGGUCUACAGGGGUUUUCCUGUGCCAGCGGCAGGCGAUCUGCUCAGCUUUACUUUUCUGGCCAAUGGGGAGGUGCAUCAUGGGGUCAACGAAGGGGCACGUGGUCGUCUUCUGUGUGUUGACUCCUCUCAGGUUCUGUGGGCCUUCUUCACACUGCACGGAGCUGUGAACCGGCUCAGAAUAUUAGGAACUGUUCAGGCCAGCCCUCCCACCUCCCCAUCAAUGUCUCAGGUAUCAACGCCUGAUGACAGUGACUCUGAUCUGGCUUUCACCGUCAACAGAUCCUCAUCAGCAUCCGAAUCCUCUCUAGUGACGGCUCCCAGCUCUCCUCUCAGUCCACCUGUCUCACCGAGUCUUUCCUCAUCAGACGCAGCCCUGAGCAGCAAGAGCAGAGAGUGCACAGUGUGCUUCGAUCAGGAGGUGGACACCGUCAUCUAUACGUGUGGACACAUGUGUUUGUGUAAUGACUGUGGACUGAGGCUCAAGAGACAGAUCAAUGCGUGUUGUCCGAUCUGUCGGAGACCCAUAAAGGACGUCAUAAAAACCUACAGACCAUGAAGGGACUAAAACAUUUUCUAUCAAAUGAUUCAGUGCAAAACUUUGGUAGCUGUGGUUUAAUAUCUGGACUAAACUUGUAUUUAAGACCAUUUAUGUAGCUUUGAUUUGCAUUAAGCAUUAAGCUCUUGUCCAUAUUUCUCUCACCUCAUAUGUUAAAAGCAGAUCAUCUGAAGCUGAUUCAUGCUUUGAGAAUCAAUCUCAAUAUUGAUCUGAUACUUCUAGUGCCUUUAACAUUGUUUAUCAUUCCUCAAGCUGCACCUAAUGAAUUAGACAAUCAUAUCUGAGAUGUAUUGCAUAGGUAUGAAGAAAUAAUUCAGAGGGACCUCAAGAUACGAAGGAAAGAAUGUUUUAUUGCGUAAGUAAAUAAUGCACAGGUCUACAAAUAUGAUUUUGUAUGUUAUUUUAAAGGAGUAAAAAGCUAUUGGUUUGGCAGAUUGCAAGUGAAGAAAGAUUUGCAUUAUGACAGUU